UCACCAGAACAUAGCGGUCAUUAUCCAGAACGUUGAAGGCAAUCUGGGAGUUUUCCUGAAAAAUGAUGUGAUUCUCGCGCUCGGUGCCGGUAGGUAGGCCGUGCACCGAAGGCCGGAGUCACGCAGGUUGGUCGACCUGUUGCUGGCGGACUAUGGCGGACUCUUUCCGCGCCCAGUAGAACUCCCUGCUGUCACGACGAGCGCAAGGAGGAGACAGGUGUAUAUAACUACUAUGUCUGGGAUGUUUUGAAGAUCUGUCAACGAUGGCGGCGGUGUUAUCGAGGCGUGCGAUAGGCAGCUGCCAGGUGUGCGACAAAAUAGUGCAUUGUGCGCCGAGUUUCAAGCGAGCAGAGCAAUCAGCCGUCCGUCCAUCGGGGCAAGCAGUGCGUACACGCGCAUCUCCACGAGGCUGCGCGGUUGCGACCCCGACCUCAUCAUCGGCUUAUGUCAGCCUGCGGCGGUUGAGAGAGAGAGAGAGAUCUGUCCGUCUCUCUCUCACCUCCUCCUCCUCCUCGUCCUUCUCCGGAGCGCCGUUGAUCUGGGAGGAUGGGGGCCAACUUAGGAGUACGGAAGAACUCUCAUCGUCGAUCACAGCAAUUCCAGGGGCAGGGGGUUCAUCUCCGAAAAAGAAAAAGACCCCUCGUCUUCCUCCUCCCCAGGGAUGCCGACACUCCCGAGGACGCGCUAUGACUACGACGGCUAUGGCGGCGGUCACGUCUCCAUCUUCCCCAAAGCAGACGGCGAGGGAUCGAGCCUCCUCCGUCACAGGCUCAGAAGAUGCCGAGACAGAGUACGAUGCAAUCGUCAUAGGCUCAGGAAUGGGCGGGCUAGUGACCGCCACCCAGCUCGUGUCCAAAGGCGCCAAGGUGCUGCUUUUGGAAAAGUAUAUCAUCCCUGGCGGUAGCUCCGGUUUCUUCUCAAGAGAAGGCUACACCUUUGAUGUGGGUUCUUCCAUGAUGUUCGGAUUCGGUGAAUCGGGAACAACGAAUCUGCUGACGAGAUCCCUGGCUGCAGUCGGUAAAAAACUGGAUGUGGUCUCUGAUCCGCACCAGGUUCAUUAUCAUCUGCCGAAUGGGUUGUCAAUCAACGUCUCUACCGAGUACGAAGAGUUCAUCUCGGAGUUGUCGGCACUCUUCCCUCACGAGAGGGAGGGCAUCCGCAAGUUUUACGGAGAGUGCUGGAAGGUCUUUAGCUCCUUGAAUUCUCUAGAGCUGAAGUCUUUAGAAGAACCCUUCUAUCUGUUUAAACAGUUCAUGAAGGAGCCGUUAGCGUGCCUGAAGUUGGCAUAUUACGCACCUCAGAACGCGGGUGACGUUGCCAGGAAGUAUAUAAAGGACCCAACUUUGUUGAUGUUCAUAGAUAUGGAGUGCUUUAUAGCCAGCACGGUUUGUGCGCGGCACACGCCGAUGAUCAACUGUGGGAUGGUGGUUUGCGACCGGCAUCACGGCAGGGUUCGGUAUCCGGUCGGAGGGGUGGGGAAGAUUCCCCUCGCUCUUGUGGAGGGGUUCGAGGAGUACGGCGGGCGUGUGCUGUACAAGGCCAAUGUGGUGGAGAUCGAGACGGAAGGGGAGAGGGCGGUCGGCGUCCGACUGUCGGAUGGUCGGCGGUUUCGGGCGAAAACCGUCAUCUCGAAUGCCACAAGAUGGGACACGUUCGGCAAAAUGUUUGGAGGGAAGGAGCUGCCACAGGAGGAGCAGGAUUUCCAGAAACUGUACAGAAUGACCCCUUCUUUCUUGUCCAUCCACAUGGGAGUCGACGCUUCUGCCUUGCCGCCGGAACUCGACGUCCACCAUAUCCUGCUUGAAGACUGGUCCAAGCUCGAAGCUUGCUAUGGCACCAUCUUCGUCAGCAUCCCCUCCGCGCUGGACUCGUCCGUUGCGCCGCCUGAUCGACACGUGUUCCACAUCUUCACGCAGUCGUACAUCGACGACUGGCAAGGGUUGUCGCCGUCGGCCUACGUCGCCAAGAAGGAGGCGGUCGCCGACUCCUUGGUCCAAAGAUUGGAGCAGGCCGUGUUCCCGGGCCUGAAGGCCGCUACCAGGUUCAGAGAGGUGGGGACGCCUAGGACUCAUCGCCGGUACCUGGGCAGGGUGGACGGAACCUACGGGCCCGCACCGAACCGACGCCCUAUGGGACUUAUAGGCAUGCCGUUUAACACGACGGCUGUAGAGGGGCUCUACUGUGUAGGAGAUACGACGUUUCCCGGUCAGGGGGUAAAUGCUGUGGCCUUUUCAGGUAUGGCUUGUGCUCAUCGUGUGGCAGCCGAUCUUGGGUUGGAGCAAUCCUCGCCGGUUCUCGACAAGGCACUUAAUGGCCUCCUCUCAUCUUUCCGCAAACUCGCCCUCAAUUAGUGCCCCCCCCCCCCCCCCCC